AUGCCAUCCGAUUCAGAGAUGUUAGCUUCUUGGGUGACGGUCGACCAUUUGGACUUUCGCCGCUUUUUGGCAAUGUCUAGGGAAAACGUGGGCGAGCCCCCCGAGGACGCUGAAAGUGCGGCAACCGAAACGGAGGGAAACCAAGAACCACAGGAGCCCGAGCCUGAGAAACAACACGUUGAGCCUUCCGAAGAGACACAAGCCCAGAGCUUCCUCAAUGAUCCUGGCAAGAUCAAAGCGUGUGCGGUCUCCCUUCUGUGUGGAUGCAAUACCCCAGGUGCAAAGCCGAGGCCGUCGCCUUAUUACCUUAUUCGUUUUUCCCCGGCCCUGAAUUGUUCUGGUGUGGACUUGUUCACCCCAGUCUUUGACCGGCCUGACGCAGCCUCUGUUGAAAAACACUGGGACACUGAUCCUCGAAAACAAAAUGUAUUGCGGUUUUUUAUCGAGAACCCAUAUUUCAGCUCUAAGUACUUCUACUGCUAUCGGGCUAUUGUUGAAGGGGUUACUGGUGAUAGGGCUGCCCACAAUUGGUAG